ACGUCUUUUAUUUUAGGGUUUCUGUUAGGGUUUAAUGAAGUUAAACUGAUAUUGGCAUAUUUCAUCUCUCUGCUGGACGAAGUAUGGCCAAUAACCAUCAAAAGGAAAUCAAUAUGAUCGAACGAGAAGCUGAAGAAGAAGAAGAAGAAGAAGAAAUAGAAGAGGAAGAAGAAGAAGAAGAAGAAGACAACGGGGAUUGGGAAGAUUGGAAAGAGGAUGACGGAGAGGAGGAUUCAAACUCGAAGUUUAUGUGCUUGUUCUGUGAUUCCAACUACAGUUCAUGCAUUGAGUUACUUGAACACUGCGCUGCAACUCAUAAGUUCGAUUUUCAGGGGAUAAGGAAAGAUUUGAACUUGGAUUUUUACAGUUCAUUCAAGCUGAUUAACUAUGUACGCUCUGAGGUGGCAGAAAACAGAUGUUGGAGUUGUGGGCUCAGCUGCAAGUCCAACCAUGACCUACAGUGUCAUUUACAUGAAACGGGCAGUCUUGAGAACGUUAAGCUUUUAUGGGAUGAUGAUAAAUAUCUGAAACCUUUUCUGCAUGAUGAUUCACUCUUGUACAGUUUUGCUGAAGAUGAAGAAGGUGAAGACGAUUAUAAUGCAUCAGUAGAUAAAGAGGAAUUGAUGAGAGAUUUGGGGAAUAUGGAAGAGAUCUGUCUUGCAGAUGACAAUUCUGCUGCUUGCUCCGACAAUUUUAAAGAAAAUGGAAUAAAAGAGGUUGCCUCUGUUUCCAAAGGCCUUUUAAAUCUUGUUUCGAAGGAUAUUAAGAAAGUCAAUGAGAGUUAUUUCGGUUCUUAUAGUUCAUUUGGUAUCCACAGAGAGAUGAUAAGUGAUAAGGUAAGAAUGGAUGCUUAUAGGCAAGCAAUAUUAAAAAAUCCUUCUCUCUUUACUGGUUCUGUUGUGAUGGAUGUAGGUUGUGGAACUGGCAUACUAAGUCUCUUUGCAGCCCAAGGAGGGGCUUCGAGAGUGAUUGCAGUUGAAGCCAGUGAGAAGAUGGCUGCAGUGGCAACUCAGGUUGCUAAAGACAAUGGCCUAUGGCGUAGCAAUGAAGGCAAUGACCGGUGUACUGGGUUAAUAGAGGUGGUUCAAGGUAUGGUUGAGGAUCUUGAUAAAUUUGCACAAAUUGAACCACACAGUGUUGAUGUGUUAUUGAGUGAAUGGAUGGGUUAUUGCCUACUCUAUGAGUCAAUGCUCAGCUCAGUGCUCUUUGCAAGAGAUAAAUGGUUGAAGCCUGGAGGUGCCAUUCUCCCUGAUACCGCAACUAUUUAUGCUGCAGGAUUCGGAAUAGGUGGUACCAGUCUUCCAUUUUGGAAAGACGUUUAUGGUUUCAAUAUGUCUAGCAUUGGCAAAGAACUUGUUAAGGAUGCUGCUCAAUUUCCUAUUGUUGAUGUUGUGGAUGAUUGCAAUCUAGUGACUAAUGCUGCCAUUCUCCGGACUUUUGACCUGGCAACCAUGAACCCUGAAGAAGUGGACUUCACAGCAAGUAUUGAGUUGGAACCAAAGUACAGUUUGGCUAGCAACACCAGUGAAACGACAUCUAAAGCAACAUGGUGCUAUGGGGUUGUAUUGUGGUUCGACACUGGUUUUACAUCCAGGUUCUGCAAAGAGACGCCGGCUGUUUUAUCCACGUCUCCCUACACUCCCAAAACGCACUGGUUCCAAACAAUUCUCACAUUUCGAGAACCGAUAGCGAUGACACAAGGGAAACUCCUUGCUGAUAGAUCAGCAGCUGUUGGUACAGAAGCAUGCCCUGCCGCAAAAAUCCAUUUGCGAAUCAGCAUUGUUCGCGCUGCUCAACAUCGGAGCAUUGAUGUUUCCAUGGAAACUAAUACAGUUGGUCUGGAUGGUCGGAAGAACACUUGGCCAGUCCAGAUAUUCAAUCUAUCGUAGAAUAUACAUUUAUAUAUUGGAUUAGACCUUGAAAUUACACCAUUUGACAAAAAUUUUGUCUUGUUUUGCCGGCUGGGAUCAGUUUUAGAUUAUCCAUUUUGCUCUCUUUAGAAGUUAGUUACACUAUCAUAAUCAAUUGUAUUCAUGGUUUCUAGUUCUACAUAAUUCGUCCUUGGCACAAA